UUCAUACCUACCCUACAUUACCACAUUCGCAGACAAACCACCACUUAAAGACCAACAAUGGCCGACACAUUGUCCCAGGCAGGCCGGCGGCUGAACCAGAUCAGAGACACCCUCCUCGGCAAGACAGCAACGACCAUCCCAUUCGACCCGGACUCGACCUCGUUCCCCACGCGAAAGAAUCUACCCAAGAUCGUCGGCGCUCCCGAUGAAGCAGCCUGGGUAUGGGGCAAAGACGACUACAUCGGCCGUCUGAACCUGUUGACGCCCUCGCGUGUCAAGGCCGCCGCCUCUGAGAUCCGCACCGGUGAAAUGGCCCGUCUGGAUCUGCCACUGAACGUCCCCGAGCAACCAGCAUUCGGGCGGCAGAAGUUCGAGCACAAGAUUCUCACUCUCGCCGACGGCGUGGCGUACGACGACGUGUACCACUGCAACACGCAAUCCGGCACGCAGUGGGACGGCUUCCGCCAUUUCGCGCACAUGCCGACCAAGACGUUCUACAACAACACGCACGGCGCCGACAUCGUGGGCACCGAGGCGAACCAUAAAUGCAGCAUCCACCACUGGUCGACGCACGGCUUCUCCGGCCGCGCGGUACUCUUGGACUAUCGCGCCUACGCGGACGCCCACGGGAUCAAAUACGACACGGCGACAUCGCACGCGAUAUCGUACGACGACCUCGUGGCGUGCGGGAAGUGGCAAGGUCUGGACAUCCGGCCCGUCGCGCAGGGCGGGGACGUCAAGGUCGGCGAUAUCCUGCUGAUCCGCAGCGGUUGGGUGGAGGACUAUUACAAACGCACCCCGGAAGAGCGCGAGCGGCUUGCGUUGCGCGGCCACGAUAGUCACGGCGGCGAGCAGCAGUGGGCCGGCCUGAAGCAAGAAGAGGCCAUGAAGGACUGGUUGCACGAUUGCUAUUUCGCCGCCGUGGGCGGUGAUGCGCCCAGUUUCGAGCGCUGGCCGACGCCCGAGCCGUAUUAUCUGCACGAGUAUAUCCUGGCACUGUGGGGGAUGCCGUUGGGCGAGAUGCUUGAUCUCGAGAAGGUCGCCGAGCUGGCGAGGAAGAACAAGCGUUGGACCUUCUUCUUUUCGAGCGCGCCGGCGAAUAUGCCGGGAGGCGUGAGCAGUCACGUCAAUGGGACUGCGAUUUUCUAGGUGGACUCCAGAUCGAGGCGGAAACGGGCAUCCGAAAAGCCACGGAGACAGGUCAGCGUGCUUUGCUGGCACGGAAUGAACAAAGCCACGGUCAUUUUGGCGGGAGGAACGGCGCGAACAUUACGACAGGUAUGAAUCAAUGUAGUAUGCCGCAAAAAGAGCGCUCUAUUUUCGAGGCAGGAUAGCGUGGGGGGCGGAUGACAGUGUGAUUAGGACCCAAUAGCGAAGCAAGAUGAAGGUGGUCUCGAAUCCUGAUUUUACCAAGUAUGAUGCAGCAUACGCUCACGGUGUUAUUGUCUCGGCUUCGUGGCUUCGUGGAAAGCAUUUGAACCUUCUCCGGAUUCAACGGGUAAACCCGAGAUCUGAAGCCGUCAAUACGAC